GGCCAGCGGUGGCGUAAAGAAUUUGAAGAUGAGAAACCAUUUGAUCUAGAAAGCUCUGGAGAUGAUGACUUCAUUGACGAAGAAGAAACUGAUGAUGUAUAUUCUGGAUCAGGAUCUGGUGAUUUCGAAUUGGAAUCCAGACUUGAUUUUGGGGUUAGGUAUACAACAGAAACCCCCAUUUUACCUCCCACAGCCACAGCACUGAAACCAGCACCUACAGUACAUGUCAUUCCCGCUGUACAAACAACAUGGCUUCCGCCUACAACCCAAGCCACCAUUAUACAUCGACACCAUCCAUGGGCUCCUCCUGAAGAAUCAGAAACUCCUUCUAUUACCGCUGCCCCUACUCCUACUAGUCCUAUCAAGGAAGCAGCAACCGCUGCAGAUAUAACCCCAGGACUUGUCAGGACAACAGAAGUACACAAAUUACCGCCCAUCAUUGUUGUUUCCACUUCUACAACACCAGUGCCUAGUUCCACAGAAGAAGAGACUGAAAUGUGGGAGGAUACAACUGAAAAUGUGGUCAUUAUUCCCAGUGAGGAAGGCAGUAGGCUAUGGCCUACUGAGGAUGAGAGGACUGUACAGACAACUGCUGCAGAUGAACGUGACAUAGAGGAUCUAGACAAAGUGACAUUCAGUCAGCAACCACUGACAGACAUCUGGGAAGUGACAAUAGCCACUGCUCGGGACAAUGAAGUAGAGAUUCCAGUCAGUGGAGGGCCAAGUGGAGACUUUGAGAUCCAAGAAGAAGACAGCAAAUCCCAGACACAACCGCCCACAAUAUUCGACCUGGGAAAUGAAGUCCUGCCACCAGGCACAACUCCCACUGAUCAUGGUCGAGGAAGGAAGGCAGAUACUGGCCUUAUUGACAACACUAUAGAUUCUGGAAAUACAUUGGCACAAAUGCCACAAAAGAACAUUUUGGAGAGAAGAGAAGUAUUGAUAGCUGUAAUAGUUGGAGGAGUAGUCGGAGCCCUAUUUGCUGCAUUCCUAGUGAUGCUGCUGAUUUAUCGCAUGAAGAAGAAGGAUGAAGGAAGUUAUGCUCUGGAAGAGCCCAAACCAGCUAGUGUCUCCUAUCAGAAACCGGACAAUCAUGAGGAGUUUUAUGCAUAG